UGGUUGUCAGAACAUGUUUGUGACUCAGAGAGCAAUGAUUUGGCGCAAGCUUCCCGUGGCUCUGAAAAUCGGGAUAGCUUUCACAGACCCGUGUGAGAGACGUUUUCGUUUCGAAUUUAUCGAAUGAAUGAACAGCUCGGGUAGAGGAGCGGGGUCGAGGGGGUGGGAAAUGGCGCCCCCGGGCCUCGGAGUGCGCGGCUGGAGCACCAGGCAGGUGGCGGCGUGGCUGCGGGCGGAGGGCUUCUGCGACUACGUGGAGCUCCUGUGUGAGCGCCACCGGCUGGACGGCGCCGGCCUGCUGGCCCUCACCGAGUACGACCUCCGCUCGCCGCCACUGGAGCUGCAGGUGCUGGGCGACAUCAAGCGGCUGUCGGCGUCCCUGCGCGGCCUGCGCAGGCAGAACGGCCACGCCCUGGAGGAGCUGGGCCUGGCCCGCCAGGAGGGUGGCGGGGGUGGCGAGCCGGCGCUGGCCCACAAUGGCAGCGGCGGCGGUAGCGCCGGCAGCGAGCGGCGGCAUCAGUACGCCAACGGCAAGAGCAAGCAGCGUGACCGCCGGCUGGACCCCGAGUACUGGAAGACGGUGGUGAGCUCCAUCUACGUCACGCUCGUGUGUGGCGUCACCUCCUUCGUCAUGGUGAUCGUGCACGACCGCGUGCCCGACAUGCAGACCUACCCUCCCCUGCCGGAUAUAUUUCUAGACAGUGUACCCAGAAUUCCAUGGGCUUUCGCCAUGGCUGAAGCAUGCGGGUUGGUCUUGUUGAUUAUUUGGCUGUUGGUCCUGCUGCUUCACAAACACAGGUCCAUCCUCAUGCGUCGGCUGUGCAGCCUCACGGGGACCGUGUUCCUGCUGCGCUGUGUCACCAUGUUCGUCACCUCCCUCUCUGUCCCGGGUCAGCACCUGCAGUGCUCGGGAAAGAUGUACGGGGACGUCUGGGCCAAACUGGGGCGGGCGCUGGCCAUAUGGAGCGGCUUCGGGAUGACCCUGACCGGGGUGCACACCUGCGGUGACUACAUGUUCAGCGGCCACACCGUCGUCCUGACCAUGCUCAACUUCUUUGUGACGGAGUACACUCCAAGGACCUGGAACUUCCUGCACACCUUGUCCUGGGUCCUGAACCUGUUCGGCAUCUUCUUCAUCCUGGCAGCUCAUGAGCACUACUCCAUCGACGUCUUCAUCGCCUUCUACAUCACCACCAGGAUCUUCCUGUACUACCACACGCUGGCCAACACGCGAGCUUACCAGCAGAGCCGCCGGGCGCGCAUCUGGUUCCCCAUGUUCUCCUUCUUCGAGUGCAAUGUCAACGGCCCCGUGCCCAACGAAUACAGCUGGCCCUUCUCCAGGCCAGCUUUCAUGAAGGACCUCAUCGGCUAGCACCCCCCCCCCGGGGAUCUCCAGCCUCCGUGACGAUGGUUUAGCAGCUGCACUGCAGCAAAACCGUGAAGGAGGACAAAGUAGGUUUGGUCAAGCUCGUAGUCGUGGCCACAAUUCCAGCGACACCGAUGGUCUGCCAGAGCGGCGACCUCACCGCAGGCUCCUGAAUGAGUUUGAAUGAGCCAGCCCUAGGCUUUCCCAAUUGGCUCGGCCGCCGGAGUGGCUACGGGGUCAACACUUGGGAACAGGUUCAACAAAUAAACUCUGCACUGACACGUUCUGUCAAACCCGACUCACCUCUGUUAAAUGGCUGAAGGGCAGGAUGGUGUUCAGCUUAAAACCAUGGGGCUACUCACUGUUUGUCCAGGUUUGGGCAAAAGGUGGAGGGGUUCUGGGUAUCCAGCAUUCCUGUGUUAGUACCGUUCACAUUUGAAAGGUAAUGCUGAUGUGUAUUGUAAAACACUCAACCUUAGCGCAUAAAACUUUGUGAAGUUAUAGCCAUACUAAUUCCUCUUUUUUUGUGUCAUCUUGUGAUAUUUCAACCAAUUCUGAAAGUGAUUUUGAAGACGGACAGAUUACCAGUGGGAUGGUAAUUGAGUUGACUUGAAUUGGUGCCAGAAUGAAGGAAAUGAAGGUUUCAUCUCAAGGUCUUGUGUCAUUUGCCAAUAAGCCUUCAGUAUUACAAUAUUUUUAAAAUUUAUAAUGUAACAUGAAAUGUGUAAUAUUGGGCCACCAGGGGUUGUGCUAAUAUGUGGUGAUGUACUUUACGCAAAGGACUAACAUGUUAUGUAUGUAAUUCAGUUUGUUAUUGACACAGAUAUGAGCACAUUUCAUACCUUAGGUAAAGAAGAUUGUAAACACAAUGAGUACAGCAUGGGGGAAAGAUUCCAUAGCCUGCUCAGUGGGGAGCUGGCUAUUCACACCACUUAUGUGUUCUGCCAUUUAAAAGGUCUGUUAGGAAAUGGGCACUGCUAGCCUUUGAAGAUGAUCUUCUGCAAUAUUGUUUGGUGUCUUAAUUUAUUAUUUUUUUUAUACAAUGAAUAUUUUUUUGUUGUUGACUAAUUUAAAUUUUAAGUGGGGGGAAAAUAUGACCUAAUGUACUGGAACAGCAAUAAAUGUUUACA